GGGACGUCGCGUGAGGUCGUUGUCAGUCACGUGCCACGUGUUCUGCGUGGUCGCUGUUCCGCGUCUGCAAAUUUCCUACUCUCAAUUUCUUAUUUUUCUUGCCUGUAUCUUUUUUGUGUACGAAGGGCUACGGCGUCUUUGUAGCAUUUGAAGGGAACGCUCUGCAGCUGGCGAACUCGUGUUGGAGUGGAGUUGAAAUGCGGUUUCUUGUUCGAAGAAUACGUGUAUAAUUUAUAUCCGAUGUACGCAGAAACAACUCUUUGGCGUUAUUCGUGUUUUGCGGUGUUAAAUACCGGUGGAAUUAAUUUCUGAUCUGUGUUUUAUAUCGUGUUUGUGAAAUGGAUGUGAAAUUCCUUGUGCUAACCAGUAAAUUGACGACGUGUCGCUGAGAAUUGUGGCUCUGGCCUAAAAAUGCUUUAUGACAAUCUGCAUGAAACUUGUUAUGAAAGAAUUACGCUAAUUGAUUUUAGUGUUACAUGGAACGAGUUUGCGAAUGUUAUUCAAUUUUCGUGCGUUAAGAUUUAUUAUAAUUGAUACCGUACACGUAACUUUUGUUUUGUAUUAACAUAUCUUUCCUUGUAAUGUUAUGUGCCGUUUUCAGACCUCAGUAAUGUAGCGGAGUGUUUCUUUGUCUGUUAAACUUAACGUGUCACGUGUUUCGAGGCGGCCUGCGAGUGUCUGUUGCUGCUACUAUUGACCGUAAGAUCUACUUGCAGAACGAAGACUGCUGUCUGGUCAACAUGGAGGCAAUGAUUGCCUUGGUCCAUCGUCACUUGCUCUUACCACCGAUUCUCCUACCCCUGGCACUUCUGUUACCCCGGUGUACACUGGCAGCGCAGUCAAGUACAGGGAACUGGAUGAACGUGGGUGUGCAGACUGCUGAGGUGGUGAGGCUACCACAGCCUCAGUACCUGAUCGGAGCCUCGCCGUUGUGCACUCAGAUCAGCGGACUCUCUCCGGGCCAGACAAAAUUGUGUCAACUGUACCAGGACCACAUGAGCGGCGUGGGUAGAGGUGCCAGGGCUGGCAUCGCGGAGUGCCAGUGGCAAUUCAGGCAUAGGAGGUGGAACUGUUCAACGGCGCACGACAGCUCACUGUUCGGACCCAUGCUGAAGAUAGCCAGUCGGGAAGCGGCCUUUGCGCACGCCAUCGGUGCUGCCGGCGUAGUGCACGCUAUAUCACGGGCGUGCCGAGACGGCCAGCUCAGUUCCUGUGGGUGUUCACGCACUGGUCGCCCUCGGGAUUUGAACCGGGACUGGAUCUGGGGAGGAUGCGGCGACAACCUGGAGUACGGCUACAAAUUCACUCAGGGGUUCGUUGAUGUUCGUGAACGGGAGAAGAAUUAUCGUCGAGGGUCCAGAGAGCAGGGACGGAGCCUCAUGAACCUCCACAACAACGAGGCAGGCAGGAGGGCGGUGAUCAAGAAGUCGAGGGUGACGUGCAAGUGUCACGGGGUGUCGGGGUCGUGCAGCCUCAUCACGUGCUGGCAACAGUUGGCCCCCUUCAGAGAGAUCGGUGACUACGUUAAGGACAAAUACGACGGAGCGACGGAAGUACGCGUCAACAGACGAGGGCGCCUGCAGAUACGGGACCCGCGUUUCAACAAGCCGACGGCCAACGACCUGGUCUACAUCGACGACUCUCCGAAUUACUGUAUCCGAAACAUGAGCGUCGGCUCCCUCGGUACUCAGGGUCGACUGUGUAACAGGACAUCCCAGGGUAUGGAUGGAUGUAACCUCAUGUGUUGUGGUCGAGGUUACAACACGCAGAAGACAAUGAUUCGAGAAAGAUGCGACUGCAAGUUCCACUGGUGUUGCUACGUUGACUGCAAGAUUUGUGUCAAGACAGUCGACGUCCACACCUGCAAGUAGAAAUAAUAAUUGCCUGAACAAGAUGGCAGAAUGUUCUGCUACCUUUUACGUCCGUAAGUGGUACGGCAGAACGCCCGAAUGAGAUAUCAGAAUUCGCACGUUCGUAAGCAGGAAGUGCGUACCGCAAGAAUAAGCGUUCAUAUCUGAACGUGAGGUGGCAAACACCUGAACAAGGCAAGACUUUAGACAUGACACGUGUUUACAAAUACACGUGUCUGUCACAGGACUGGACAAUUGGUCCUAUAAGAGGAAAGAAAACAAAACAGAUGAAUAAUGUUGCCUGUUUGUUAGUUUGUUGUAGAUGAAACUCCUUCAUUCACGUUACAGUGGGUAAGUGUCCAACCAACUGUCUUUCUGCCCGACGUGGAUUUGGUCAAUGUUCUUUCUCUACUUACCACCAAAGUCAGUUAUAGCUGGUAUUCUCCUAAGCCACCAAAUCGUGGGCCUUGCGGUUAGGACCCUAGACAUGACAGGCAACGUCAAAGUCGGAUCCUUCUGUGACUUUUAAAAAAAAGUGUACAAAGGAUAUUGCAAUUCAAAAUGCACUAUGCAAUUGGAUAAGUUCAUAGUGUGAGAAAUGACGUCAUUUAAAAGGUAAAAUUGAUUCGUGUAAGUGGGUUGAUACACAUUUAAAACGAAAGAAAGUUAUUAGUGAUUGAUGCAAAAAACAGAAUAUUUUUCUGUAUCUGUAAGUGUUUUCAAGGGGGACUGAUGAAGUGAGCUCUGUGUGGUCCAGAAAGUUGGUAAUAUGAUCUGCUUCCUGAAAUAAGUGAUUGGUCAGCUGUGAUGCGUGUUUCUGGCACUACAAGAGUCACAACAUUUUAAUAUUAUUUUAAGUUAUGAUUUAAUGGAAAAAUGUGAAGGGUCCAGAUGAAUUUCUUGCUGUUUGAUCUAUAUCUUAUGUUCGGGACCCUGACCCAGCUUCCACUACGUGCGUGCUCGUACACACACACACACACACUUUUUCACACAGUGUUUCUGUUCCUCUAUUCACUAUGAAGAGUUGUUUACAAUUUAAGUAUCAUUGCGCAUCGCAAGUUAAGUUAGUAUUUAAAAUGUAUUACAGCACUUAAAACAGAAUAUGCAUAAUGCAGUUUGCAAAGACUGUAAAACCAGAUGGUCAGAUUUUGGAUAAUAUGAUUGUAUAAACAGAAUAUGGUUUACGGAAAGACAUUCAUAAUUA